UAUUAGUUCAGGAAGAAAUGGGGAACAUCAAUAAUACUCCAAAAUUUGAACAUGGAGACAUAUAUCUACAACUAGACAGGCCUUACUGCACUUCAGGGAAGGAAAUGACCGGGACUAUACACUUGAAUUUGACUCAACCCUUUCCUGGUGCUUCUUUGGAUAUUAUUAUUGAGGGUAUUGAGAGAGUUUAUUGGAGAUGAAAUAGGACGAGCCGAAGGCAUAUAGAAAAGAAUGAAUUGAUUCAUCAACUUUUCACUAUUCAUACAUUUAGAAAUGGCAUAGUAAAUCCUGGUCAAUAUUCUUUCCCUUUUAAUCUUGUAAUUCCUCCAAAUUUGUCUGCUACUUGUUUUCGGAUAAGCAGCAAACUUCCUGAUGCUACUAUUCUGUAUUCAAUAAAGGCUAAACUUGAACCUAAUCCAGAAUAUAAAAUAAAAGAGAUGAGUUUUAAAUCUGAAUUACUUAUGAGAGACCCAAUAUAUGGAAUUAAAGAGAAUAUUCAGUCAGAACUCCAGGAAACUAUCCCUGGAUGCUUGUGAUCUUGCAGCUCUAACCCAAUCAAAUUCAGUGUUCAACUUGAAAAAGACUGGUAUUAUUCAGACGAAACUUUGGUCGUGAAGUGGAGUAUUGAUAACUCUCAAAGUCAGAAAAGGGUGGCAAAUGUUGAAGUAAAGCUCCGCCAAAGAUUUCAUUUAAAGGAUAAAGCGGAUUAUAGAGAUAAUACAGAGUUUAUUAAGUACUCUGAACUUUUUGAAGGGAUUGGAGCUGGACAAUCUACUGGAGAAUAUUCUAGACAUGCAGAGAUAGAUCUUAGCCAGAUAUCAGGAUUUCCAGAAAAGGAAGGAAUAGAAGAUGCUAAAAACAAUUCUGGAGGACAACUGCAACCUUUACAACCAACUACUCAUUCUGAGUUGAUCCAUAUAGAGUAUUUACUUUUUGUGAGACCAGUUUUCAAUAGUGCCUUUACUCAUCUUCCCUUCUGUAUUCUUGAAGUUAAGAUACGUGAUCGUGAAAUAGAUCAAUAUACUAUGAUUCAACCUCCAGAGGGUUGGAAUCCAGUUUUAAUCAAUGAGGUCCAACUUGGAGUUCCUGUCGGAGGAAAUGAAAGAAUUGAAGAAGACUUGAAUUUGAUAGAAAGAGAUGACGAAUCUGAAGAAGCUCCUAUACAUGAACCAGCUCCAGCAAGAAGCCAUGAUGAAGAAGAUGAAGCAAGAAUACCCUUACUCCUCCAAAACCAUUAAUCAA